AUGAUGCUGAGAGGGCAAGCCGGCGGUGGCGGGAGGUGCCUCUUCACGGCGUCGCAGUGGCGCGAGCUUGAGCACCAGGCGCUCAUCUACAAGUACAUGGCCGCCGGCUCGCAGGUGCCUCACGAGCUCGUCAUCCCGCUCCGCCACCACGACGCCGCCGCCGUCGACACCAUCCCCUCCCUCGGCAGCUGCUUCCCUCCUCCGCAGCCUUCCCUUGGGUGGGGGCUCUACGGGAUGGGGGCGCAGUACGCGCGCAAGCCGGAGGACCCGGAGCCCGGUCGGUGCCGGCGCACGGACGGCAAGAAGUGGCGCUGCUCCAGGGAGGCGUACGGGGAGUCCAAGUACUGCGACAGGCACAUGCACCGCGGCAAGAACCGUUCAAGAAAGCCUGUGGAACCCAUGUCCUCCACCUCCACCGUCUCCUCCCCCGCUCCAGCCCCGCCAGGCGCGGCCUACCGCCCCUCCGCCCUCUCCAUCUCGCCCCCGGUGCCGGCCGACACGCCGUCCAGCUACGGCCACUACCAGACCCGUCCCGACACCUCCGCCGCUCGCGCUGCGGCUCAGCUCCAUCUCGACGCCCCGUCACCACCUCCAUCCUACCACAGGUACGCACAGGCACAGCAGCAGUACUCCCCUUUCUUCCCGAGCGGCGGCGGCUACUGUUACGGGCAGUCCAGGCAGCAGGAGCAGGAGGAGGCAGAGGCCAUGGCCAGGCGGCGGCAGCACUGCCUGGCCCUCGGCGCCGACCUCAGCUUGGACAAGCCGGACGCUGGCACUGCCUCGUCGGUGACCACGGAGGAGAAGCCGCUGCGCCGCUUCUUCGACGAGUAUCCGCGCGACGACACCAGCGUCGACGGGAGGCCGUGGUAUAUGGGCCACCGGGACGAGACGCUGCUCUCCAUGUCCAUCCCCACAACGGCGCGCUACCCCAACGGCGGUGAAUAA